GGCUAUUUUUGGGCGCUGAUAACACCGUCCCCUGACAGUGCCGGCUCAGAUUGACAGGACAAGUGUGGCAUAACCUAACUCCCCCUGCCUCCACUGGAGCUUCAUUGCAUUCCUAAUCAUAGCCAGCAGCACACUCUGUCUUUCUCUUUCUGAAUUUUCCAAGCCUGUUUCCUUUAUACAGGCUGAGACAGUCAGGCAGAGAAACGGCCGGUCGGUCAGUCAGUCAGUGUCACUGUGCUCAGCCCAGCGUUCAGGACGGUGCACUGGGGCCACACCGAGCUAGAACCAAGGGGGAACGACUGGCUCAGAGAAGCCAGAUACUGACCAAGCAUGGCAUGAGAGGACUGAGGCUGACAGAGAGACAGAGAGACGGCAAGACAGAGAGAGAAGGACUGAAAAAUAGAGAAAGAAAGAGAAGUUUUGGAGGAAGGGUAGAGAGAACCAGAGAAGUGUGUCAUGGUGACAGAGGAGCAGGUUGUGAUCUCCCUGUCUGGGGGAGCGCCGUGGGGGUUUCGUCUGCAAGGAGGCACCGAGCACAGCAAGCCCCUCCAGGUGGCCAAGGUGCGCAAGCGCAGCAAGGCCUGCCGGGCAGGGCUGCGAGAGGGAGAUGAGCUGCUGUCAAUCAACGAGAAGAUGUGCAGGGGGCUGUCCCACGCCCAGGCCAUGACCCUCAUUGACUCCGCCCCCGGGACUCUGCGCAUCCGAAUCAGGAGGUCUCCAGCUGGUUUCCAGUCAGUGGUCCUUUUCACCCGCUCCCCCUCUCCGCGCAUCGACAGGGACUACCGCGCGGCCCUGCGUGCCCUGUCGCCCCCAGUAACCAAGCCCGCUGCCACCGGGCAACCAGACCGCAGCGCUGUGAUGUCCCCCACGGGGGGGGAAUGCCUGAUCCGUACCCUGGACCCCCACAGGGACUGCCUGAUCUCACCCCUGGACAGCGAGGCAUACUAUGGCGAGACAGACAGUGAUGCGGACACAGCGCUUGUGAAACAGCGGCGGCCAAAACGUCGUAGCCCCAGCGCCACCCCCGUCAAGCCCUCUGGCCACACCUCGCCCGAGGAGACGUCAGAGAUGAGCGGUUAUGAGAGCGCGCCCGACGCGCGCCCCCACACGACCCUACCCGGGCUCACACAGCCUCAGGAUGCAGGCCCUGGAGUGGCCCGCAGAGAGAUCCUGUUCCAGCCCCGGCCAGUGGAGGAGGAGGAGGAGGCCGGCCUGGAAGAGGCUCUCUCUUACCCCAGUGAUGGGCAGGGGGCUGCCGAGGUGGACAGUGGGUUCCAGGAGCCCCCCUCCGUGCCGCUGGUCUCCCCCGAGAGAGCGAAGGACGCCUCCCGGCUGCUGUUCUCCAGCAGUCAGCUCGUACCCAUGGUGGGUCCAGUGGACAGGCCAGUGGAUGAAGAGUUGACCACCAGCUACAAGGACAAGGCCAGGCAAGCCAAGCUGCACCGGAGCGAGAGCGUGCAGGAGAAGCAGGUGAAGGAAGCCCGUUCCAAGUGCCGCACCAUCGCCUCACUGCUCACCGCCGCGCCCAACCCACACUCCAAGGGCGUGCUGAUGUUCAAGAAGCGCCGGCAGCGCUCCAAGAAGUACACGCUGAUCAGCUUCGGCAGUGUCGAGGGAGACAUGGAGGCGAGAGAGGAGGAUGAGGAGGAGGGGGAAGGGGCCUUCCCCACCAGCGAGUCCGAGUUCGACGAGGAAGGCUUCUCCGCAGCCCCCGACACAGACCCCGACUGGGACAGAAACUACUUGGACAUCCUGGAGAGGAAGAAGACCCCUGCCCAGACUCUGCAGGGACCCCCACAGGGCCUGUCUGGCACCGUGGGGAAGGGGGCGCAGCUGUACGAGCAGCAGCAGAGGAGGCGUGCCGAGGAGAACUUUGUCAGUGAGGCAGCCCGGCAGGGAGAGCAGGGGACACAGGGGAACCAGGGGACCCCCACAGCAGUUCCCUCCAUGUCGCCAGCCCAGCCGCCCCCCAGCUUCGGCAUGAUGAAUGGAGACGUCCCCCCGGCCAGGCAUCCUGAUCUGGUGAAGUCCCCGCCUGCCCCUGCUCCUCCUGCUCCCCCGGCUCACUCUGUACCAGGUGCCUUCUCAGUGCCGGCCCAGCAGCCCGCCAACUCUCUGCUGGACAGAACCAACCGUACCGCCCGCCCCUUCACCCCGGGCUUUGUGGGGGGGCGCUCUGCCACGGCUCCUGUGGUCUUCCGCCCGGGAAAGAAAGCAGCCGUCCCCACCCCCCAGCAGCCUGCCCCUGCGCCCCCGCCCUUAUCCCCCCCUCCCUUCUCCCCUCCUCCCUCCCUCUCCACCUCCUCCCUCUACAUCACGCCCAGGCCCGCAGCCAACACCACGCAAGUCCCAUUCUUCUCCCCCCCUCCUCCUGCUCCAGUGAGUCCUAGAGCACCUCUCGGGGUCAUCUCCCCUCCCCCUUCCACUCCCUUCUCUCCUCCCCCCAUGCCAAUCGCCUCCUUCUCUUCGAUGACUCUUAGAGCCCCCCUGGAGGUCACCUCCCCUCUCCCUUCCACUCCCUUCUCUCCUCCCUCCAUGUCGACAGCCUCCUUCCCUUCCUAUCUCUCCGCUCCUGCUGUUAACGGUGCCAAGCCUGUACCUUCUUCCUCCACUCUCACCCCUGCGUCCACCCUCACCCCUACCUCCGCCUCUCUCACCUCUCUCCCUGCCUCUGCAGCCCCAGCCUUCCCUGCCCCUUUCCUGUCCUCCUCCUCUGAAGCGUUGGCCUCCCGAGAGCAGCGCAUCUCCAUCCCCGCGGCCCGCACUGGGAUCCUGCUAGAGUCCCGCAGGAGAGGCACCAGGAAGUCCCUUUUCAGCCUGCCGGAGGAGAAGCCCAGCCACUCGCCCAACCCGGCGCUGCUGUCCCUGGUGCAGAACCUGGACGAGAAGCCGCCCAAGGGCGGGGAGGCCGGGUUUGAGUCAGGCCCUGAGGAGGACCUGCUGAAUCUGGGGGCUGAGGCCUGCAACUUCAUGCAGGCGCAGAAGCACAGGACCCCGCCGCCUGUGGCCCCCAAGCCCCACUUGCGAGCCCCUGAGGUCCCCCAGAUGAGUGGGAAGGGGGCGGAGUUGUUUGCGCGUCGACAGAGCCGGAUGGACAGGUUUGUGGUGGGAGGAGGAGCCCCCGGACAGCAGCAGCAGCUGUCCUCUUCACAGCAAGAUCAGCCAAGCGCCCCCUCUCCCACCCCUUCCCUCCCCGCCCAUUGGAAAUACUCCCCCAAUAUCCGUGCCCCACCUCCCAUCGGCUACAACCCCCUGCUGUCCCCCUCCUGCCCCCCUGGGGCUCAGAAGGGCAGCAAGACUGGGGCUAAUCAACCAGCGACAUGGAGUGGAAGGAAAGCCACUCCCCAGAAACAGGGUAUCCGAGCUCUGGAUUUCAUGAAGAGGCAGCCAUACCAGCUCAACCCGGCCAUGUUUGGGGGUGUGGGGGGCUCACAGCAGCAGGCAGCCCCCAUGCUGGGCAGCUCCCUAACCCCUCCGCAGCAGAUCCCGGUCAAAGCCGCCCGCGUCUACGAGAUCAAACGCUUCUCUACACCCACGCCGAUGUCCGCGCCCACCUCGCACAUGCCCACCGUGAUCGUGCCGCGCUCCGCCACUACCCUGGGGGAGCCACUCUGGCGAUCAGAUAUCUGCUCACCGCCCCCCACCCCAUGGUCCCCCCCCCCACCUGUCUACUCCGCUCCCACCCCACUCACUCCCUCUGCUCAUCCCAUUCCCACCCCACUCUCUCCCCCUUCUCACCCCGCUCCUCCCGUGUUUCAGACCAAGACCCCCCUAGCCCCAGCCCCAGCUCCUGCCCCUGCCCCUCUCUACCCUUCUUUCCAGGCUACCAAGCAGUUCAAGAGCGCCCCCGAGCUCAGCCCUCUGGUCUCCUCCAGCCCCCAGGGGAUCCAGGUGCCCCGGCGAUUCCAAGUCUCCAGGAUCGGGAAUCAAGCCAAUGUGUGGAGGCCAGGCUCCCUGCACUAUUGAGUCAGGCCAUCACCGGCACAGUCUCCCACAUGCACACACACACACACACACACACACACACACACACACACACACACACACACACACACACACAGAGUCUCCAACACAGUCACACACACACGGGUGCACUGUGUAGUAUAUCCUGGACAUGGGGCUAAGCUUCUCAGCUUCUACUUCAGUGCAUGAUUUGGCUCAGAUUGUUAAUUAUUAAGGUUUUAUAUAGAAUAUAAAUACAAUUAUGCAAUAACUAAAAAAAAGAAUGUAUUAAAUAAGUAGAAUGUGUGUGAGUAUAUAAAUAUAUAUAAAUAUAUAUUUCAGCACAUAAAAGAAAAAAAUUAAGAUGGUUUUUUUGUGGCAAAUAAAAGUGCCCUUACUGGCAACUAAAUAUUCAUUUGAAAAUAUUUUUAUAUAUUAUGUGGUCCUAUUAAAGACAGUUUUGUACCCAAAUUCCACAAAAUGAAAAAACAACACCUAGUCCCAGAUUAGAACCCCGGCUUUCAGAGAAAGGUGAAAGAUAGGAAUGAGAGGCAAGUGAACUACAGGAACCCACACAUCAACAGAGACGCUUCACAUUCACACAUCAACAGAGACGCUUUACAUAUCCACACAUCAACAGAGACGCUUCACAUUCACACAUCAACAGAGACGCUUCACAUUCACACAUCAACAGAGACGCUUCACAUUCACACAUCAACAGAGACGCUUCACAUUCACACAUCAACAGAGACGCUUUACAUAUCCACACAUCAACAGAGACGCUUCACAUUCACACAUCAACAGAGACGCUUCACAUUCACACAUCAACAGAGACGCUUCACAUUCACACAUCAACAGAGACGCUUCACAUUCACACAUCAACAGAGACGCUUCACAUUCACACAUCAACAGAGACGCUUUACAUAUCCACACAUACUCCUUAGAAGAGGCAGAUUUACACUGAGGAGAGGGGGUUGAACGGGGGAAAGCAAGAGGGCUGCACCACAACCUGUCAAGGACCGUCUCCACUGAGCUUUGUGUUUGAAACGCUGCAACACCCGUCACCUUGUUUUUGCUAAAUUUAACACAGUAUAUAUAAACGGUUUGAUUAGCUUGUUUGUAAUUGUUAAUAAUAAUAUUAAGAAGGAUUGUAAUUAUGGUAAUAGUUGUGAUGACGUUAGCGUGUUAAUGACGUACUCACUUGAGUUAAUGGCGAUGAGGAACAAUGGGCUUUUCCACAUGGAGGGGGUGGGGGCAGGCAAGACGGAUGCUGCUGUGGUUAAAAAAUGGUACGUUCCUUACCUAUGCUGCUCCAUUUAAAGGUAUCACUUUUUCAGCCUGCCCCAAUACUUUGCUUCUUUCUUAGUGUCAACUGCCUUCUGUGUCCCAGAGCUUCAGUAAAGGAAGCAGCACAGUUUGGGUGUGGUCUUUUCCAGUUCCAUCAUUACUGCAGCUGUGGGGCAGGAGGAUAAGAAACAGAUAUCAUUUAUAAAUGAAAAUACAAGCUUGCUAUAACAUGUGAGACCUGCAUAGCAAAUAGAGGGCCAUUAUUGAAUCAGCUGUUAACCACUGCAGGUACCUGUUUUUUUCAGUAAGGGGGGGGUGUGCCUUUUGUCAGCACUCUCUGUUAGACAAUUCACUGCUGAUCAAUUCUAUGAGUCCCCCCUUUGAAGACAGCAGUAAGUGCUUUGGAAAGACAGUGAGAGCCGACGCAGGAGGAUAGCUGAAGGAUGAAGUCAUUCUGCAAUGACUCUCCUUCUCUGAAACAAGUUGCAGAUGUGGGACUUUGAAACAGCAGCAGCAGCAGCACUAUUUUGUGAUUAUGAUUGUUAUUAUUAUUAUUAUUUUAUUUUUUUUCUGCCUCACAUAACUACAAUUUAGCUGUCUGCUCCUUUUUUCCUUGUCUAUUUUUUUUUUUGUGUGUGUGUGUGGAGUGUUUCCCUGGCUAGACGCUGGUUUAUAUGUUGUUGUGUUUUCCAAGGCAGAUAUGAUUGUGCUUUGUAGUAAAAUGAACUAUUAAUAAUAAAAAAAAAAAAAAAAUGAAGAAACAAAUGAAAAUGCUGCUGGUGUGAAAAUAAAUCUUCAAAAGCGAUUGGAAAGACGUGAUGAUUGAUGGGGCCUGUGAGGACAGCGGAGCAGUGCUGCUGAGGAAGGAGGGGAUUGAAAUGGAAAGUGAGACAGUGAAAUAAAGAGAGUUGAAAAAACAA